AUUUCUUUUACGUCAACAUAUUUUUUUUUUUUUUUUUUUUUAAAGAUUACUGCACAUAAUACAGACAAAAUUGACUUUAAAGGAACUUUCUGUCGCUCACCUAUCUAAGAAUUCUAGACAAACCUGCCGUGUUUACCAUUACUUUUUAAACAUAAUUAAAUUAAAUAAAAAAAUUAAAUAAUUAAAAAUAAAUAUUAAAGAUAAAAAGUAAAAAAGUUUAUAUAUAUAUAAGCACCUAGAUACAGGUAUUAUACUAAUUAUAAUUGUAUUCGGCAGAAAGCUGCUUUACAACUGCAGUUGUAAAAUUUGUGAAUUUGAUUGGUGUAUUUACAUUUUUUUUGUAUUAUAUGAACGAUCUCGUAGUUAGGCAGAUUAAAAAUAUUUAUACAUACCUAGCUACAUACAUCCCGAUAAAUAAAUAAUACUUUUCUUUUUGACUUGUGCGAGCAGUAGAUUUCAAACGCUUGUUGCAGUUAGUUUUGUACAAUACAUUCAAUAGACAUCCUGCAGUACAAGACAUAUCAUGGAAUUACCGAAAAACUUCAAAUCCAUUGAGUUGUGGGAUCACUUCAAAGAGUUAGAAGAUUUUCUCACAAAGUGCAGGCUGUGUGGAGAAAAAAUUCGGCCAUUUAAUUCACAAGUAGUUACAAAAGAAUUAAAAGCCCACUUAAGGAUUAAACAUAAAAUAUCGUAUAUAGACCCUUCCAUACCGUACAACCUGCGGCAUUAUUAUACGAACUUACCAAAUUGUAAGGCAGAAUGUAUUCAAUGUGGUACCACAAUAUCUAAUAGAGAACAUUGGAAUUUGACAUCACAUUUAAAUAGAAAACAUUCCGGCUUCGUAAUAAACCAGAGUCAACAUAAAAAUGUUUGGAGUACUCCAGAAUACUCCAGAACGGUCUCUCUUCAGGAUUUCGAAUUUGUUGCGUGUGAACAACUGAGUGAAACAUUACCUCCACUUGAGGAACUGCAAGCAUCGCCUGAGCAAGUAAAAAUACAAGAAGACACUGUUAAUGAAUAUGAUCCGAGUAACUCAGAAUCAACAGUCUCUCUUGCGGAUGUCGAUCCUCUUAUAUUAGACCCACUGAAUUGAACAAUAGCUGCAUACAAGGAGGAGUUGUAGGCAUCGCCUGAGCAAGAGGAAAGACAAAAGGAUAUCAUUAAUAAGUAAUUAUUCUGCAUUCUGCAAUCAACAAGCGAACUUCUCCGCUCACGUAAACCAAAGAAAGACAAAAUAGACGUUAAUAACGAGUGAUUAUUCAUCUUGCAUAUAUGACACAACACAAGGAGAGAAUAUAUUGCGAAUUCAACAUGUAUUUAUUUUUUAUAAAAAAAUUUCUCGUUUAUUGUAAUAAAAUUUAUACAACUUUA